GAUAUCAUUUUUAUAUACUUAUUAUCCGGGAAUCCCCAUCAAGAAAAGUUCAGUUUCGCAAAAAAAAUUGUUAAAUUUUCGGUUGUGGUUUUAUUAUUUAGUGUUUUGGCAAAAAGUUUCGAAUUGAUCUAAUGUACUAAAAAUGGCUUCAAACAAUGAAACUGUAAUACAAUACAAAAGCGACCACAAGGGCCGUGUACUUACAAAGUUAAACAGGUUACGAAAAAGAAAAGUGUUUACUGAUGUUACAUUCAAAUUAAAAGAUGGAGAAGUUUCAGCCCACAAAAAUGUUCUUGCUGGAUAUUCUAAAUAUUAUGAGAUAAUGUUCACAUCUGGGUGUAAGAAAGGUUUUAAUAACACAAUUGAAGUUAAAGGAAUAAAAGCUUCAAUUUUGGAUUUGUUGAUUACUUUUAUUUAUUUACAAGUGAUCAACAUAAGCGAUAAGAUUGUUUUUCAACUUUAUGAGGCUGCAAACUGUUUGCAAUUUAAAGAUGUAAAAGCGUACUGUGUUAGAUUCUUCAAUGAUGCACUUACUGUUGAAAACUUUUUAUGUUUCCGUGCUUUUGCACAAAGAUACAAACUUGUGGAGGUGUUAAGAAAAUGUGACGAAUUCAUCGGUAAAAACUUAGAGCUAGUUGCAAAAGAAAUAAAAUUCUUGGAAUUACCCAUAAAUAAAGCAAAACCUCUGAUUGCAUUAAUGAAGCAACAGAAUUGGAUAAAGACAUCAAAGUCUUAUUUUGACGUUCUCACGCUAGAAUACAUUUCCCGUCUGGAAAAAAAUCAAAUUGUCACAAUAGUUGGCGCUAGAGCAGAAGCUGCAUAUGAUUUCAUGGUGGUGGGCGGUACUUAUGAAGAGAAUCUUGUUUAUAUUUAUGACGUUGUUGGGAAACAUUUUAGAGAAAUAAUGUCAACCUUGUAUGAAAGAUGGGGUUCAACCAGUGUGAAAAUACACAACCAUGUUUAUACGGCUGGUGGUGACGAAACCAACUCUGUCGAAUGUUUGAAUUUAAACCAUUUUUAUAUUGGUUGGAAUAAAGUGUCAUUUAUGAUUGAACAACGUUGGUUUGCCGCAUCUGCUGUGUUAAACGAUCAAAUGUAUGUGACGGGUGGGAUGAAUGCUAGAUAUGAGGCAUUGUUAUCAGUUGAGUUUUACAAUCCAGUGAUAAAUAAAUGGACAUACACUGCUUUAAUGAAAACUAAAAGAUAUGAACAUGCUCUUGUUUCUUAUAACGGUAGUUUGUACGCCUUCGGUGGGUAUGAUGGUUUAAUUCCUUUAAAUUCUAUGGAAAGUUUUGACCCCCAAAAAAAGAAAUGGAAUACAUUAAAACCAAUGAAUGAAAGAAGACAAGGGUUGUGUGGGGUCGUUUACAAUGAUCAGAUUUACGCUAUUGGUGGAAAUGAACUGAAUAGCGUUGAGCGAUUUAACAUGCGAACCCACACAUGGUCCAAAGUUAGCAGCAUGAAAUACAAGAGAUGUGGUGCUUGUGCUUGUGUUGUAAGUGGGAAGAUAUACGUCAUUGGAGGUUAUGGUGACAAAGAAUCUAAAAUGACAAUUGAGGUUUAUGAUGAAACAAGCAAAAAAUGGAGGCUUGAAUCCAACAUGGAAACCUUGAUAUGUUUUGCAUCAGUUGUAGCUUUGUAAAGAACCUUGCACUUUUAAAUGUCUUCCUUAUGUUUAGGUCAAUUUAUGAUUUUCUUUAUUACAUUGUUCCUUGAUAAUGCUGCAAUUGACCAGUGCCACUGUUACCAUAACAAAACACUAUGCAUCUGUCUAAUUUAGUGUUGUGUAUUAUAGAUUUGUUUAAAGGGUUUGCCCGAAAUUUCUCAUUUCAUUAAAUAAUCGUUUAUUUGUUAAUUUUCCUUACAAACAGUAUAUUUGAUUUUUAAAGGUAAUUAUUUUAGUUUUUGAUAGAAUUGAUGCAGUUUUUUCGUAGAUUUAUUUGACAAUCAAAAU